UUUCCCAAGUGGGAUUCCCAAUCUCCAGAAUCUUGUGGUUCUUGAUGCCUUCAGCAACAGCUUCUCAGGCCCUUUACCUGCUGAUGUUUCCCAGCUUGAGUCACUCAAAGUGUUGAACUUUGCUGGGAGUUACUUCAGUGGGGUAAUCCCAUCUGAGUAUGGCUCAUUCAAGGCUCUUGAGUUCAUCCACCUGGCUGGAAAUUUUUUGAGUGGGAGUAUACCUCCUGAACUUGGAAGGCUGAAAACAAUGGCCCACAUGGAGAUUGGUUACAACUCAUAUGAAGGUGGGAUUCCAUGGCAGUUUGGGAACAUGAGUGAGCUCAAGUAUCUUGACGUUGCAGAUGCCAACAUUUCUGGCCCAAUCCCAAAUCAACUCAGCAACCUCACCAAACUUGAGUCACUUUUCUUGUUCAGAAAUCAGCUCAGUGGAAAGAUUCCAUGGGAGUUCAGCAAAAUCUUGGCUCUCAAAAGCUUGGAUCUCUCGGACAACCUGCUUUCUGGUCCAAUUCCAGACAGUUUCUCAGAGCUGAAGAAUCUGAGGUUGCUGAGUUUAAUGUAUAAUGACUUGUCUGGCCCUGUCCCUCAGGGUAUUGCUAAGCUUCCAGAACUUGAUACUCUCCUCAUAUGGAACAAUUACUUCACAGGGUCACUGCCAGAGGACUUGGGAAGAUUCUCAAGACUCAAGCAUCUUGAUGUUUCAACUAAUUACUUUGUUGGUAGAAUCCCACCUGAUAUAUGUGCUGGAGGUGAAUUGCUCAAGCUGAUCCUGUUCUCAAAUAACUUCACUGGAGGGCUGUUUCCAGCUCUCUCCAACUGUUCCUCCCUCGUUCGCCUUCGGCUCGAAGAUAAUCAAUUUUCAGGUGAUAUAUCUCUACAGUUUGCCAAUCUUCCAUACAUUUCAUACGUGGACCUGUCAAGAAACAGGUUUACAGGAGGGAUUCCCGCUGAUAUUGCUCAGGCUUCAGGGCUUCAGUACUUCAAUGUGUCUAAUAAUCCAGAACUUGGAGGGAUAAUACCAAUUAAGAUAUGGUCUCUGCCUUAUCUUGAGAACUUUUCCAUGGUUUCUUGUGGUUUAUCAGGCAACAUUCCGCCAUUUCAGUACUGUAAAUCAGUUUCUGUUAUUGAAUUGAGAAUGAACAACUUAUCAGGAGAUAUCCCAGAAAGUGUAUCCAAUUGUAAGCAGCUUCUGAGGAUGGACUUAGCUGAUAAUAACUUGACAGGUCCAAUCCCGGUGGAGCUUGCUAGCCUCCCGGUUAUUAGCAAUUUAGAUCUUUCGCAUAACAGUUUCAACGGCCCAAUUCCAGCAAAAUUUGGGAGCUCUUCAAGCUUGAAACUUCUUAAUGUGUCCUAUAACAACAUCUCAGGUUCGAUUCCUUCAAACAAGACUUUCAGAACAAUGGAUCAGAGUGCGUUUUUGGGCAAUCCGAAGCUCUGUGGAGCACCUCUGAGACCUUGUCAUCAUGAAAAUGGGAUUUCAAAUGGGCUGCAACUAGGAAGCAGAAGAGCACAAAAGUUAGCAUGGGUUCUCAUACUAUGUGCAGUCAUAGUUUUGUUCAUUGUGGCUGCAGUCUUUGGGGUACUAUACUUGAAAAGAGGAAGUAAAGGGCAGUGGAAAAUGAUCGCUUUUAACGGACUUCCUCAGUUUACCGCUAAGGAUGUUUUGAGGAGCUUCAAUUAUGUGGAAGGCCUGGAGACACUGCCCACAUUGCCAGACUCAAUAAGCAAAGUAGUUUUACCCACAGGAAUUACCGUUUCUGCUAAGAAGAUAGAGUGGGAACAGAAAGAAAUGAAAGUUAUGCUGCAAAUUUUGACUAGGACAGGGAACACAAGGCAUAAGAAUUUGACGAGAUUGCUGGGAGUUUGCUACAAUAACCAUGUUGCUUAUCUGUUGUAUGAUUACCUGCCUAACGGCAACUUAGCAGAAAAGAUCAGGAUGAGGAGGGACUGGGAAACCAAGUGCAAAAUAGUAACUGGGAUUGCAAGGGCGCUAUGCUUCCUUCAUCAUGACUGUUGUCCGGCUAUUCCUCAUGGGAAUCUGAAGGCAAGCAACGUACUUUUCGAUGAAAAUAUGGAACCCCAUUUGGCUGAAUAUGGACUCACUCUGAUCAUUGGGUCGAGUAAUAUUCCUCAAAAGGAGACAGGCGGAUACCGAGCAUCCAUAUCCGUGGAACUUCACAUGGAUGUAUACAAUUUUGGAGAACUCAUUCUUGAGGUCUUAACAAACGGUAGACUGGCAAAUGCAUUAGAGACCGCAAGGAACACGCAAAGAGAGGAUCUCGUAAGAGAAGUUGCCGUCGAGAAUGGCAUUGUCCACUCCAGCUUGUUCCAGGACGAGGUGAAUUCAGCUAUUGAAGUUGCGUUACUCUGCACAAAAAGUAGGCCAUCGGAUAGACCGUCAAUGCAAGAAGCACUAAAGCUGUUAUCGACCGGGCUGAAGUCGACGACGAACGGCAGGGCUCUUGGAACACAAGGCCACAAAGCAUAAAUAGGUGUGCAGCUUCCAAUUUCCUCUUGCAAAAGAGUUGGUUUUGGUGUUUGAUCGUUUGGUAUUUGCUGUAAAUUAGAGGAGUAUAAGUUGUUUCUAUGGUUUUAGCACAGUAUUUCUCCUGCUAUUUUGUAGUUGAUGAUCCUUUCUUCUGUGAGGUGAAGAAUCACUAUGGCUUUGAGUGUAUGAACAUCACAUCAAUUAUUUGUGAUUUUGUAAAUUUUUCCCCAAGUAUAAAGUUAGACCCCCUUUGAUCACAUUUUGCAGAAAA